AUCCACAACAUCGUCAGCACGACCAAGAUCAGGUCGAGCGUCAUCCCGCUGAACCUCUCCUACGUCGCCAGCGUGCUCCCCAACAGCUUCUACGACAAGCACAAGUUCGCCGCCAUCACCAUCCGCAUCGACAACCCGACCUGCACCGUCCUGCUGUUCAGCUCGGGGAAGCUGGUCCUCACGGGCUCGCAGAGCUGGUACAAGUGCCUCCACGCCUCGCUGAAGGUGGUGGAGAUGCUGCGCUCGCAUGUCCUCGGGGUUGACUUCUUCGUCGAGGACAUCGUCGUCCAGAACAUCGUGGGCAACGCCAUCAUCGACCUGGAGGGGGGCAAGUCGCUGAACCUGGAGCGGAUGUACAGCGAGCAGUGCUCCAAGUGCACCUUCCAGAAGUCCCUCUUCCCGGGCCUCAUCUUCCGCCCCGACAACUCCCCCGUCGUCCUCCUCUGCUUCGAGAGCGGCAAGGUGGUGAUCACGGGGGGCAAGUGCGUGGACGACGUCGAGCUCGGGUGGAGGCGGCUGUGGCCUGUGGUGAGGAGGUAC